AAAGCAUUUUCUCUUAAUAGCUAGAUAUUUAGUGUUUCAGAGUUAAAAAGUUAGCACAAAUGUGAUACUGUAAGGAAUUUAUUCAAGCUAUCAACUGAAGAUUCAACUUGUUGAAACAAGUUACGCACAUUCAACCUCAUGUAUGCUGUUGUACGAGCAUAUAGAUGCAGGCAAAUAAAAGAUAUGGUCUGCUACUAUCAUCUUUGAUUCUUAUUACUGUUAUCUACAAUGGAUACAAGUGGGCACAUCAGUAUGAAGCUGACCACUUUGCAAAUGAUGAAUCAAAGUUGCUGCAGAUGGAAAAACGAAGUUUGCCUUUCGAUAAAAAUGCAGACAGAACCAAACACACAGCACUGGAGAUGGUGCCAAAGCAGGCCGUGCAGAAUUUGCUCUCAUAUUCAGAACAAGACUACUAUGAAAGUAAUUCAGAAGAACUGGUGCCCAGUCCAACAGAUCGACAUGCCUCAAGAACUAGAAUAUACAAAAAUCGAAAAUGUCGAAUGGACACGUGCUUUGACCUUGAAAGGUGUAGAAGAACUGGUUUUAAAGUUUAUGUUUAUCCAGAUGUUGGUGAAAAAACCUCAACAAAUUUUCAAAAUAUUCUUGCUUCCCUUCGUGCGUCACAAUACUACACAAGUGAUCCAGAGAAGGCUUGUCUAUUUGUUCCCGCUUAUGAUACUUUAGACAGAGACCAUCUGUCUGCGGACUAUAUUCAUAACCUUGGUGCCAAAAUAUCUCGUUUAAAAUACUGGAACAAUGGAAAAAAUCAUAUUAUUUUUAACUUAUAUUCGGGCACUUGGCCUGAAUACUUAGAAGAUGUUGGUUUUAACCUUGGCGAGGCAAUCCUGGCCAAAGCAAGUUUUGGUGACAACUAUUAUCGCCAUGGUUUUGAUAUUUCGUUUCCUUUAAUUGGAAAAACUCACCCUCAUAUGCAAGGAACCCAAGGAUUUCUUAAAGCAAAUUAUUUUCCUCCAAGAAGAAAAUAUCUUCUCUCAUUUAAAGGGAAACGAUACACAUACGGGAUUGGGUCAAGCACCCGUAAUGCUUUGUAUCAUAUCCACAAUGGUGAUGACAUCAUCAUAUUAACAACAUGCAAGCACGGAAAAAACUGGCAAAGUUUCAGCGACCAGAAAUGUGAGACAGACAACGAGGAAUAUGAAAAAUGGGACUACCAGUCAUUGCUCCACAAUUCAACUUUCUGUAUGGUGCCAAGAGGACGAAGAUUAGGUUCGUUUCGCUUCCUUGAAUCUUUGCAAGCAGCUUGUAUACCUGUUGUACUCGCUAAUGGGUGGAAACUUCCCUUUGAUGAGGUCAUUGAUUGGUCAAAAGCGAGUUUAGCUUGGGAGGAGCGAUUGCUCUUACAGGUACCUGGUAUAUUACGGGAAGUUCAAGACAACCGCAUCAUGUUACUACGUCAGCAAAGUCAAUUCCUAUGGGACAAAUACUUUUCCUCAAUGGACGUCAUAAUUCGAAGCACACUAGAGAUAAUACAUGACCGUGUGUUCCCCGAGCAAGCACGACCAGCAUUUGCAUGGAAUUCUCAACCAGGAGCUUUAUAUUUCAAUUCUGAUACCGCGCCCAGCUCAUAUCCAUUUUAUCAUGGACUUCUUGGUGUUGAUGCUCCCAUGAAAUUCACGGCCGUGAUACAAGCCACCGCACCUGUGACGUCAUCAGCCGCACCCAUAGUUAAAUUGCUUCGUAAUUUAGUUCAAAGUUCUUCAUGUAAUGAGAUCGUGGUGUUAUGGCAUUGCGGGAAACCUCCGAUUCCCAACGACAGAUGGCGUGUAUUGGUUCCGCAAGAUGGCGCUCACGAGAUACCGAUACGAGUAAUAGACGACCAACCUAAAACGAUGGGCCGUCGGUUCCUUCCGCGUCAAUUCACCACAGAUGCGAUACUAAGUCUUGAUGAUGACGUCAUGCUGAAUUCACAAGAGAUCGACUUCGCAUUCGACGUAUGGCGGUCGUUUCCCGACCGUAUCGUCGGCUUCCCUGCACGCAGUCACUUUUGGAACUCAAGUAAAAGCAAAUGGGUGUAUACAUCAAAGUGGUCGAAUAGCUACAGUAUAGUUCUAACAGGGGCUGCAUUCAUACACAGAUAUUACUUGAAACUUUACUCGGAGUGGCUUCCACCGUCGCUAAGGAAAACAGUCGAUGAAACGAGUAAUUGUGAAGAUAUUUUAAUGAACAUGUUGGUGGCUCACGUGACAAGGCUACCACCGGUUAAAGUCACCCAGAAAAAGCAAUACAAAGACACUUCAGCGUCGCAACCGUAUGUGAAUCACGCUGGUGUUGUGUCAAGGUGGUCCGAUCCUCGACAUUUCGCUGAACGCCAGACCUGCAUGCAGAGUUUCGAAGCCUGGUUUGGGUAUAUGCCCCUUAUUUCUUCGGAGACUCGCUUUGAUCCUUCACUUUACAAAGAUAAUGUUUCCGUUACAAGAAAGAAAUAUCCAAAAAUUGAAAUUUGAACAACUAGUCUUAAGUUUAACGAAUGACAAAAGUUAAAGAACAUUGUUUAACAACGUUCUAAAUCAAUGCACUACAAACACUUUCAAGCCACACAUACACGCGCACCACUUUCUUCAUUGGUUGAUGAGACCAAAUAAUUUCAAUUAAAGUUUCCUAGAUCCCACCCUAUGUUUGCAUCAAAGUUAAAUGUUGCCAAACCCGACUUAUUUUCAUAUCUUUUUCUAAUUCUAUUUAUUUCUGUACAUUUUCCUACACGUCACGCUUUCAUAUACCCGUGCUAUAGUUACUAACCGAGUUGCCUCACUACGGACUAUUUUGGAUAAAGUAUUCAAACUUUCGCUUUUGUUGGUUGCAGUAACUUGUCAAAGCAUUGGCGACGCAUGCAUGAUGUGUGUGAUCAUGAUGUUACAGCAACGUUGUUCUGGUUGUUAGUUUAAGUUAAAGCAACACACCAUGUUUGUAAAUUGAUUGUUACCAAAUCGUUGUGUUAUUCUCGUGUCUCGGUAAUGCUUUCUCCCGAACCAUGAAAUACAUCCACAUGAAACCGCAACUUGUGUUCUAAAUAAAAACGAUUGUUCCUAA